AAUGCCCCGAUUAUACCCUCCUGGUGGCGACUCUUCUCGUCUGGUACCCCUGGCACAGGCCGAAAAGGAAAAAAAAAAAUUUCAGGCUCAAUUGGUUGCUCCUUCCCUACGUUUCACGGCAGCGCCUUUGAUCGAUCCAUCGGGCCAAAAGCAAACCUUCGCCGGAGAAGUGAUCGAAAUCGAAGAGAUUGAGAAGUUUCUGGGCAACCGGAGAAAUGAAGAUCGAUUUAGACAAGGUUGCUCGCAAGGUCGAGGUUGAUAGUCGGAUCCCUCUCCGUAAUUACUACCGCAUCGCCGAUAAUCUCCUCCGACAGGCCAACAUCUAUCGUGAUGAGAAGAAUGUCAUAGAUUUGUAUAUCAUGCUCCUCAGAUAUUCAAGUUUGGUUUCUGAAACUAUACCUUAUCAUCGAGAUUAUCAGGUGUUGCUUCCGCAUGAGAGGAUUGGGAGUAGGAAGAGAUUGCGGGCUGUAAUUAAUGAGCUCGAGUUUUUGAAACCAGAAUUUGACCGUCAAAUGGAUGAGAGGAACAAAGCUGAGAAUGAAUCCCAGCUGCUUGGUAGCGAAGUCCCCCAUAUAUCAUAUAGUCCAGAUGCCAUUGAAUGGCCACCUGUCAGCAAGAGUAAAUACUCUGGACAUGACAAUAACAAGAUGCAGCCAGCCUCUGUGACAUCUCAACUACCAUGGAGGUACAAUAAUAAUAAUAAUCCUGGUCCAUCUUCCAAUCGAAUGCACAUUGACCAACAAUUUCAGAGGCUGUCUUUUGAUUUACUUCCCCGAAACAAAGAAACCUUGUCUAGACAUUCGUUUCUGGGCCCAAAUGGUCUUAGUGGUCAGAGGCUUGCACCCAAGUCAGAGAUAAAGGUUCAAUAUCCGAGUAAUACCGACUGGAAUUCUGCCGAAAAUUCUGGCUUGAUUGAUGCUCAAGGGGUCUCAUCAGCAAUGGAUUCUGUGCUCUCCUUAGAUGACGGUCGAUGGCAACGUCAUGCUGAAGCUGUAUCUUCCCAGAUGGUUAACGAAGUGAUGGAAGACCCGUUUCAGUUUGUCAGUACAAAGCAACCUUCCCCUCCUCCUGUUCUUGCCCAGGUACAUCAUGAAGUUGCAUCGAUUUGUCCAUCAAAGGUUGCAGACCCAAGACCUGGUCCCGCAAUGCCUUCUCUGGAAGGAAAAGACAGCAGCAAUUCUUAUCAACACUUGCAUGUUCCGGUAAAUCUGAUGGAAGAUUUCUUAAGACUGGCUCGGGGAAACACAGAAAGGAAUUUGGAAACUUGCGGUGUGCUUGCUGGCUCCCUGAAAAACAGGGUUUUUCAUAUCACUACUCUCAUAAUACCAAAGCAGGAGUCUACCUCAGAUUCGUGCCAAACUUUAAAUGAAGAAGAAAUAUUUAGUCCAGGACAAGUUGUCCCUUUUUCCCUUGGGUUGGAUUCAUACGCACCCGACACAAACUUGCUUCAUGUCAUCAGUUGAUCUCCACACACACUACUCAUAUCAGAUAAUGCUACCGGAGGCAAUAGCAAUAGUGAUGGCCCCGACCGACGAGUCCACCCCUCAUGGAAUAUUCCAUCUGUCGGAUCCGGCC